GGCAGAGGUGGGACCGCAGGCGUCCGAGAGCCGGACACCGGGUUCUCGGGCCCAGUGCACAGUGGGGACGGCUCUGCCAGGGUGGACCCGAGCUGCGGAGGGGGCGGCGGCUCACGCAGGGCUGCACCCUCCCCUCUGCAGUGGAUUCUGCUGCAGGCUUUAGGGUCCCCAUUUUCCCGAGCGUUUCCCACCGAGGCAGCAGCCACAGGGUGCAGUCUGCCAAUACGACCCGGACCGAGGAGUGGGAGGGCCGAGGAGUUUGGAGGCGGCUUGGGGCGCAUGGGGGGUCCGUGAUCUCUCCAGACUGACACCCUUGCCCAUCUAGUCUCUGCGUUCCCGCGACUCCAGGCCCAGGGCCCUAAUGGCGGACAAGAAACCGGUAGUGGUUUUUGGAGCCACAGGUGCCCAAGGGGGUUCGGUGGCCCGCACACUUCUGGAAGAUGAGAUGUUCAGGGUUCGAGUGGUGACCCGGGACCCUGGGAAGAGGGCAGCGAAGGAGCUGAAGCUGCAAGGUGCAGAAGUAGUGCAGGGAGACCAGAACGAUGAGGCCAGCAUGGAACUGGCCCUGACCGGGGCUUAUGCCACUUUCGUCAUGACCAACUACUGGGAGAACCUCAGCCAGGAACAGGAGGUCAAGCAGGGCAAGCUUCUGGCAGAUCUGGCCAAGCGCCUGGGCCUCCACUAUGUGUUCUACAGUGGCCUGGAGAACAUAAGGAAGCUGACUGAUGGGAGGCUGUCAGCAGGCCACUUUGAUGGCAAGGGGGAAGUAGAGGAAUAUUUCCAAGACAUCAGUGUUCCCAUGACCAGUGUGAGGCUGCCCUGCUAUUUUGAGAACCUCCUCUCGUACUUCCUGCCCCAGAGAUUCCCAGAUGGAAAGAGCUACUUGCUGGACUUGCCUAUAGGUGGUACACCUAUGGAUGGUAUGGCCGUGAGCGACUUGGGUCCCGUGGUGCAGCUGCUGAAGAUGCCAGACGAGUGUGUUGGGCAGAACAUUGGACUCAACUGCAGGCACACAGCAGAGGAGUAUGCUGCCCUGCUUACCAGGCACACUGGCAAGGCUGUGUGCCAUGCCAAGACAACUCCUGAGGACUAUGAAAAGCUUGGUUUCCCCGGGGCCCGUGUUCUGGCCAACAUGUUCUGUUUCUAUGCUCUGAAACCUGACCGCAACAUCGAGCUGACACUGCGACUCAACCCCAUGGCGAGGACGCUGGACCAGUGGCUGGAGCAGCACAAAGGGGACUUUGCCCAGCUGUGACCUGCCCAACUUAAAGCCCCAAGCUAGGCGACAGGAGGCUCAGAGGCACACUUAUCCUUCCUUGUGUACAACUUUUUUUCUUUUCAAAUAAAGCCAUUGUUCUCACAGGUGUCUUCCAAAAGAAAAGGGCUCUAUUUCUGGGAUGUGGGUUGGGGUGGCAGCUGCUGGGCACCAACAGCAUGAAAAUUCUAGCAGGAGACAUGAAAUGGCUGGGUAGCAGCAGGCUGAAGGGAUUAUUUGGUAACUGUGAAGACGAAUAUGUUUUACUUGUAUAGUGGAGUGUUCCUACCCUCAACCUGGAGGGAUACCUCAAUAAGCACCUGCUGUUCCCACUGUACUUCAUCCACAGAUGGGGAACACGACACAGGACAGAGACCUCACACCCUGCACACACCCCCUUCAUCACAGCCACUGAAGCAACCUGUGUAUUCAUUCUGAAUUAGGAACUGGGGUGUGGGGAGAGAGAGAACCAAACCCUUCUUCCUUCUCCUUACUUCUCCAUGUACAGCUUGGGAUAUAGGAAAACUUCAGAACAGAUUGAAAAAAAGGAACAAAUACAAGACAUGGCAGAGGACCACAGGAUACUGUGGAGGCAAGACAAUGCUGCCUACAGCAAAGGAUAUUGUGAUGGACCAACUUUUCAACUCUGCCUGAAAACUCUCCUUUAGAGAACACAAGUUACCCACCGAGACUCCAUGGCAGGUCUGUGAAUUUUAACCUGUGUAUAGGUUUGUAUAAUCACUAUCACACUGUCUUUAUAACAUGCCACCUGGCCUCUGACCCCUCAGACACGAAAGGGGUAAAAGGAGUGGCAGUUCUGCUAAAUUCAUUCCAUCCAUUGAUCUACUAACUGAGGGACUCACUUCCUAGACAACUUGCCAGGGGGCCCGAAAUACGGUGCCAACAAAAAAGUUCUACCCUUUGCCUUGAGUUUACUUAGUAAGAAUAACAGCAUCACCCCGGUGCCAGUGGCUCACA